CUCCGUUCUUCUCUUCGUCUUCGUCGUCGUCCUUUACUCCUCAUACAUACAAGCACUACAUCAAUCUCAACAAUCUCGGUCCUCUACCAUCCAACCCUUACUACUAUAAGAACAACCAUACACAAAAUGGAACCACACAAUCCAACCAUGAACCAAACACUGGCACAGCCCAUGAAUCAAACUAUAAACAACAAUCACCAAGUCCAAACCCAAAUCCAACCUCAAACUCAACCCCAACCCCAACCCCAAAUCCAACCCGGACCCGAAAUCCACCUCAUCCCCUACCCACCCCAAGCCCAAUUUCAAGACCAGCACCACCAAACCGAAGUCCUCCUGCACAUCGACGCCGCCAACAACCACCCAAUCUGCAUCCUAUCCAACAACUCGCAACCCACAACAACCACAAUCGACCCCGCCAACAUAAUCACCAACCCAACCUCCUACAUCUUCGCCUUCCGCGAUCCCCACUCCCUCUACCACGCCUUCACCAACCAAACCAUCUACACCCUCCUGACCCGACACGCGCACUACAUCCGACUCUACCUCCUCCACGGCCUGCAAAUCGGCUACCUCCCAUGCUCCCCACACCCACUGCCCUUCUCAUCCCAGAACCGGGACAGUUUAUUCUUCUUCGACUGCGCCACUGACCCCAACAUGCACUACAUCACCCCGCCCCGCCUCCCCUGCAUGCCCAGCACCACCCACCCCGUGCUCCUGAACAACGAUUGCAAUAAUAUCUGCGCGAUCUCGUGGCCGGGCUUUGAUAGGUUCAUGGGGAAUUGGCGCGUCGCGUGCAGGGCGAUUCCCCGCGGCCAUGAUGUCUGGUAUAUGGUCUUUAAUUUGGCGUCGAGGGGUGGGUGGGUGCCUCUGGGUGUGGGUAGGUCGUUGCAGUUGCUUAGUACGGCGGUUUGUGUGAAGGAGAGGGUUAAGGGGAGGUUUCGGUGUGUGGUGGAUGGGUGUGCUAGGGGGGUGGUGGAGAGGUUUGAUGGGUUUUUGGCGGCCAAUGUGGCGAGUUUGGGGUGGGCGGUUGUGGGGGAUGAAGAGAUGGUGGAGGUUAAGGGUGAUGGUAGUGCUGGUGGUGCUGGAGGAGGAGGAGGAGGAGGAGGAGGAGGAGGGGUGAUUGUUCAUGCUGGUGAGUGCGUGGUGAUUGAUGAUUGAUUGAUUGAUAUGUUUCUGGGGGUGGUUGA